UUUGCUUAUCCCGGAGAUCCCGGGCUUUCCUGAGUCCUGCUCGCUGGCUCCCGGGGUGGUGGGCGCCGGCGAUCGCUGACGAAUCCUGCGCUGCGUCGCUCCUCUCCGCUACAUUGUGUCAAGUUGCCGCCUUCAUGAGCAACCCAAGAUGUCAGGGAAACAUUAUAAAGGGCCUGAAGUCAGCUGCUGCAUCAAGUACUUCAUCUUCGGCUUCAACAUUAUAUUCUGGUUUUUGGGAGUGGCCUUUCUCGGAGUCGGACUGUGGGCGUGGAAUGAGAAGGGAGUGUUGUCGAAUAUUUCCUCCAUCACAGACUUGGGUGGCUUCGAUCCAGUCUGGCUGUUCCUUGUUGUCGGAGGUGUGAUGUUCAUUCUGGGAUUUGCCGGAUGUAUUGGUGCUCUGCGGGAGAACACCUUUCUUCUCAAGUUUUUCUCUGUGUUCCUCGGCGUAAUUUUUUUCCUGGAGCUCACUGCGGGGGUGCUGGCUUUUGUCUUCAAGGACUGGAUCAGAGAUCAGCUCAACUUCUUUAUUAACAAGAACAUCAGAGCCUAUCGAGAUGACAUCGAUCUGCAGAACCUCAUUGACUUCACACAGGAAUAUUGGGAAUGCUGUGGUGCCCACAGCGCCGAUGACUGGAACCUAAACAUUUAUUUCAACUGCACAGACAGCAACACAAGUCGGGAACGUUGCGGUGUGCCCUUCUCCUGUUGUACCAAGGACCCCACGGAGGAUGUCAUUAACACCCAGUGUGGGUAUGAUGUGAGAUCGAAAGAGGUCCUUGAGCAACAGAAUUAUAUCUACACUAAAGGCUGCGUUGGGCAGUUUGAGAAGUGGCUGCAAGAGAACUUGACAGUGGUUGCUGGGAUAUUUAUUGGAAUUGCAUUAUUGCAGAUUUUUGGCAUCUGCCUGUCUCAGAACCUGGUCAGUGACAUCGAAGCAGUUAAGGCCAGCUGGUGACCCUGUGCCCUGUUUUAGACUGUUCUGCGGCAGGAAACACAGAAGCCCGUGGACUGUCAGUAGCGUGCUGAGCCAGCAAGUGUUCCAGAACGAGGGUUGGGGGACCGGGAGGGAGUGACGCACCUGCAGAUUCGAGAAAUCGGUGUUUCUCUCCCACCCUUACACUGCCUGACCAACCUUCACAAAAUGUGACUGUAGUGGAGAAAAUGGCGCCUGUACCGUGCUCACGAACUGCCACAAGGAGACUCACAAUGAGAUAGCGCUCUACCAGCCUGUCUCCCUUUCUGCAGUGUUGUGUGUGGACACUGUUGUUGAAUGUUGUUUCAGCUGAGGAGGGUCCAACAUUCUCACAUGUAGAUUUAAUCCCUCCCUGCAUUGGAUCGACCACAGGAAACACCAUUCUCCCCUCGUCUUGUGAAUAUUCCCUCAUAAUGUAAAAAUAUGGAUUUGAUUCGAUGAUCUGUAAUGCAGGAGACCAUUGUAUCAGGAGUUGUCUGUUGUAAUCCCCAUGUCUACAACAUCUUACUUCAGUGAACCCUCAGUCCUUUAUUCAAAACUUCUUGGAAUUUGAGCCUAAAGGGCUGUUUUCUGGGAAGAAAACUGAACUAAAGGGCUUUGACAAAGAAUUAGAUGGCUGAAUUUUGCCCAUUUCUGCAAUUGUGGCAGUGAUUUGAACUUGAAUCUCGGCUGGGUUGCCUGCAGCCUGAUGGUAUGGACAUUGAAUUUUCCGAUUUCAUUUAACAUAUUCCUUUCCCCUUCCCAACAGUCCACCCACAGUCUAUCUCCUUUCUACCCACUUCAUUAUGGAGACCCAUCAACCACACCCAUCCAGAUUCCCUGCCCAUCACCCACUUAUCUAUCAAGCUGGGUUUGACAUCGAACGUAGAGCAGUUCAACACAUUACGUGCCCUUCAGUGCAUGAUGUUGUGCUGACCUUUUAACUUAGAUCACUUCCCUCCCACAUACCCCUCCAUCCUUCUUUCAUCCAUGUGCCUACCUAUGGGUCUCUUAAUUGUCUCUAACACAUCUGCCUCCACCGUCACUCCUGGCAGCCUGUUCUGCACACCCAUCACUAAAAAUGGAAAAAAAAAUACUACCUCUGACAUCCUCCCUGUAAUUCCCUCCAAAUCACCCUAAAAUUAUGCCCUCUCAUAUUAACCAUUUCUGCCCAGGGGAAAAAGGUGCUGGUUUCCACUCUGUCAAUGCUUUUUAUCAUUUUAUAUGCCUCUGUCACCGCACCUCUCAUCCCCUUUCUCUCCAAAGAGAAAAGCUUAAGCCUGCUCAACCUUUUCUCAUAAGAAUGUGCUCUAAUCCAGGCAGCAUCCUGGUAAAUCUUUUCUGCAUCCUCUCUGAAGCUUCACAUCCUUCCUACAAUACAGUGACCAGAACUGUGAACAGAAUGCUCGAGGUGUGUUCCAACCAGAGUUUCAUAGAGCUGCAACAUUACCUCAUGGCUCUUGAACUCAGUCCCCUAACUAAUAAAGACCAACUCGCCAUACGCCCUUUUAACCACCAUAUCAACUUGAGUGUCAGCUUUGGAGGGUUCAAUGGACGUGUAUCCAUAGAUCCCUCUGUUCCUCCACGCUGCUAAGAAUCCUGCCGUUAACCUGUACUAGAAUCACAAACAUGAGAAAAUCUGCAGGUGCUGGAAAUACAAAGCAACACACACACAAUGCUGGAAGAACCCAGCAGGCUGGGCAGCAUCUAUGGAAAAGAGAACGUAGUUGGCGUCUCGACCCAAAAUGUCGACUAUUUAUUCUUUUCUUUAGUUUCUCCCCAGCCUGCUGAGCUCCUCCAGCAUUGUGUGUGUGUGUGUUGCAUUAGCCUCUGUAAGUUCGACUUUCCAAAGUGCAUCACUUCACGCUUUUUUUUAAAAUUGAACUUCAUCUGCCACAUCUCAGCCCAUCACUACACGAUCAUAACAUCACCAGCCUUCGUAUUAUUUGAUGUACUGAUUCAUCUUUCCACUUCCUCACCCAGGUCAUGCAGAAAUCUUUCCAAUCUCCUGCCCCCUCCUGGUUUCAUUAAUACAUCAGAGCUCCCUUAUCUCAUUCACCUAGUACCUACCAGCCUCUGUCUAUACAGGCCAUCUUCCCUCGACACUUUCAGCCCUGUGCAGGGUCUUGGUCCAAAACAUUGGCCAUCGGUUUGCCUCCGUAUAUGAUACUCAACCCAUCGAGUUCCUCCAGCAGUUUUUCUUUUAUUGUUCUUGAAGCACAAAAUGAGUUCCAAUAGAAACAAAAGAUUUAUGUUUAUAAAUACUGCAACAGUAAAACUCAGUACAGGCAGAAUUUGUACAUUACAUUUUGUGUCAAAUUGAUCUUUAGUUUCUUGGCUGUUUUGUUCCUUCAGGCAUUCCCAAUAUGACAAUGGUCUCUCUUGUAUAUAAUCUGAACUAGUAGCAAGGGCUCAUUGUAAAAGGAAUGAGUUCUCCCCGUGGUAAAUAUUCAGUAUUAUUGUGUCUAAGUCAAUUUUCUUCUAGCACCUUGUUAAUUCUGCUUGCAUCCAGCUUCAGUACAUUUGAUGCCUAAUCAGCAUGCUUAAUCUGCAGCUUGAGCAACGUUGCAUGGAAGUUGGUGGGAAGAUUAUGCUGGGAUUGUCCUGCUCCUGUACGGGAGUGUACUUCCCCCGAGUUACAGCUCAGAUCAUCGUAAUCUGUGAACACUAGUGAGAUUCACAAUGGGAGAAGGUGCUGUUUCAUCGAGACAUCAUAUGGUUUGUGGAUGUUGGUAAUCAACUUUGAAAUAAAAGAAAAUCCUUUUGGUAUAUUGACAGA